AUGGUCGCCCGCCCCUUCCACUCGACGUCGUUCACCUCCGCCCCCGUCGUCGUCGAGGUCCCCCAGAUGGCCGAGUCCAUCACUGAGGGUACCCUGAAGCAGUUCAACAAGGAGGUCGGAGACUUUGUUAAGGCCGACGAGGAGAUUGCCACCAUUGAGACCGACAAGAUCGACGUUUCUGUCAACGCUCCCCAGUCCGGAAAGAUCCUGAAGUUCCUCGCCAACGAGGACGACACUGUCACCGUCGGCCAGGCCCUCGUCGAGCUUGAGCCCGGAGAGGCCCCCGAGGGUGCCGAGGAGUCGGCUGCCCCCGCCAAGGAGGAGAAGAAGGAGGAGGCCGCCCCCGCUAAGGAGGAGGAAGAAGGAGGAGAAGCCCGCCGCCCCCGCUCCCAAGAAGGAGUCCGCUCCUAA